AUGGAUAUCUCUAAGCCAGUCGGUUCUGAGAUCACUUCGCUCGAUUUCAAUAUCCUGACACCUCAGGAUAUAAGGAAUCUAUCCGCGAAGCAGAUCACAAACCCAACCGUCUUGGAUAAUCUGGGACACCCAAUCUCGGGAGGUUUGUAUGAUCUGUCGCUUGGUGCUUUCUUAAGAAACCUCUGUUCUACAUGUGGUCUAGAUGAAAAAUUCUGUCCCGGUCACCAAGGGCAUAUCGAACUUCCAGUUCCUUGUUACAACCCGUUGUUCUUCAACCAGUUGUAUAUCUACUUGAGAUCCUGCUGUUUGUUUUGCCAUCAUUUCCGUUUGAAGAAGGUUGAAGUUCACCGUUACGCUUGUAAAUUAAAACUUCUGCAAUAUGGACUCAUCGAUGAAUCUUACAGAUUGGACCAAAUUUCUGUCGCCGGAUUUGAAUACUUAGAAGAUGACGAGGAUGAUGAGGCUGCUGAGGAUAACGCAAUGGAAAGUUCUAACACAAAGAAACCUUCUAAAAACAUCUCUGCUGCAUUACUGAAGGAAUUGAUUCAAAAGCGUACCGAGUUCGUUAAUUUGGAAAUUGCUAAGGCAUUGUCUGAAGGUAGAACUUCCGAAAGAGGUACUUUUACAGCUACCACAAAUGACGAGAGAAAGAAACUGAUACAUGAUUUCCAUAGAAGAGCGUUGAGUAGAGCUAAAUGUGACAACUGUGGAAUGUUCUCACCAAAAUUCAGGAAGGACGGUUUCACCAAGAUCUUUGAAACUGCGUUGACCGAUAAGCAAUUAACUAAUAAUCGUGUCAAGGGUCUAAUUCGUCAAGACAUGAUCAAAAAACAACAGCAAUCCAAGAAAUUGGGAGGCUCUGAUGAAGGUGACGCUGUUGAUGAGGACUUUAAUGCUGAUAGAAACUCAUCUGCAAGACCAAAAUCGGGUUCAACUUACAUUCUAUCCACUGAAGUCAGAAACAUCUUGAGAGCUUUGUUCAAGAAGGAGCAACAUGUUCUACAAUAUGUUUUCCAUUCAAGACCGAAUGUUUCUAGAAAGGUUGUGAAAGCUGACAAUUUCUUCAUGGAAGUAGUUUUAGUCCCACCAACUAGAUUCCGUCUACCAUCCAAAAUGGGCGAAGAAGUGCACGAAAACACUCAAAAUCAAUUGCUAUCCAAGAUUUUGACUACUUCUUUACUUAUCAGAGAUUUGAACGAUGAAAUGUCUACCAUACAAAAGGACAAGGUCUCCGUCGAUGACAGAAGAGUUAUCUUUAGUAGAUUGAUGAACGCUUUUGUUACAAUCCAAAAUGAUGUCAACGCCUUCAUCGAUUCUACAAAGGCUCAAGGUAGCGCUAGUUCUAAGAUUCCCGUUCCCGGUGUAAAGCAGGCACUUGAAAAGAAAGAAGGUCUUUUCAGAAAGCAUAUGAUGGGUAAGCGUGUUAACUACGCUGCUCGUUCCGUCAUUUCUCCAGAUCCAAACAUUGAGACUAAUGAAAUUGGUGUUCCUCCUGUUUUCGCUACCAAGUUGACAUACCCGGAGCCUGUGACAGCUUAUAAUAUUGCUGAAUUGCGUCAGGCCGUCAUCAAUGGUCCAGACAAAUGGCCAGGUGCUAGUCAAAUUCAAAACGAGGAUGGUACUCUUGUUUCUUUGGUCGGUAUGACCCUGGAACAACGUAAGGCUUUGGCUAACCAGCUGAUGACACCUUCAUCAAAUGUUUCAACUCACCCAUUGAACAAAAAGGUUUAUCGUCACAUCAAGAACAGAGAUGUUGUUUUGAUGAACCGUCAACCUACUCUGCAUAAGGCUUCCAUGAUGGGUCACAAAGUUAGGGUCCUGCCUGGUGAGAAAACCCUGAGACUGCACUACGCUAAUACGGGUGCUUACAACGCCGAUUUUGAUGGUGAUGAAAUGAACAUGCAUUUUCCACAAAAUGAAAAUGCGAGAGCUGAAGCUUUCAACUUGGCGAACACCGAUUCUCAGUACUUGACACCCACUUCCGGUUCCCCGGUUAGAGGUCUGAUUCAAGAUCACAUUUCCGCCGGUGUUUGGUUGACAAGCAAGGAUAGUUUCUUUACAAGAGAGGAGUACCAACAAUACAUUUACGGAUGUAUUCGUCCUGAACACGGUCAUGCUUCCAGAGGUAAGAUUGUUACAAUGCCUCCUGCAGUUUUGAAACCAGUGCCAUUGUGGACCGGUAAACAGAUUAUUUCGACUGUUCUCCUCAACGUCACGCCAGCAGACAUGCCAGGUAUCAAUCUAGAAUCCAACAACAAGAUCAAAAAUGAAUAUUGGGGUAAAGGUUCCACUGAGAAUGAUGUCAUCUUUAAGAACGGUGAAUUGGUUUGUGGUAUCUUAGACAAGUCUCAAUAUGGUGCUUCUAAAUAUGGUAUUGUCCACUCGCUACACGAAGUGUAUGGACCUGAAGUUGCUGCUAAAGUUCUAUCAGUUCUCGGUAGGCUAUUCACCAACUAUAUCACAGCUACUGCUUUCACUUGUGGUAUGGAUGAUUUGCGACUAACAGCCGAGGGUAACAAAUCUAGAAGUGAGAUCUUGAAAACGUCUAUCGAUAUAGGUCGUCAAGCUGCUGCAGAAGUCACCAACUUGGAUAAGGACACACCAUCUGAUGAUGUCGAACUAUUGAAGCGUUUGGAAGAAAUUCUUCGUGACGAAAACAAAUCAGGUAUUCUUGAUGCCGUCACUUCUUCGAAAGUGAAUACUGUCACUUCCAAGGUUGUCUCCACAUGUGUUCCUGACGGUACGAUGAAAAAAUUCCCUUACAACUCGAUGCAAGCGAUGGCUUUGUCUGGUGCCAAAGGUUCUAACGUCAAUGUUUCUCAAAUUAUGUGUCUGUUGGGUCAGCAAGCUUUGGAGGGUAGAAGAGUUCCUGUGAUGGUUAGCGGUAAAACAUUGCCAUCAUUUAAGCCCUUUGAAACUGACUCCAUGGCCGGUGGUUACAUCAAGGGUCGUUUUUACUCUGGUAUCAAGCCCCAAGAGUAUUACUUCCAUUGUAUGGCAGGUCGUGAAGGUUUGAUUGACACUGCUGUGAAAACAUCUAGAUCUGGUUAUCUACAGCGUUGUUUGACUAAGCAAUUGGAAGGUGUUCAUAUCUCUUACGACAACAGUGUGAGAGAUGGUGAUGGUUCUUUGAUUCAAUUCUUGUACGGUGGUGAUGCAGUGGAUGUCACAAAGGAGUCACACAUGACUCAGUUUGAUUUUUGUCGCGAAAAUUACGAUGCCUUAUUGAAGAAGUACAACCCUGUCGCUUUGGCUGAACACCUCGAUGUGGAAACUGCGUUGCAGUAUUCUAAGAAGGUUAGCAAAAACAGGAAAAAGAAUUCGAAGACCGCACAUUACGAGCAAAAAGUCAAGUACGAUCCAGUGCUGGCUAAAUACAAUCCUGCUAAAUAUCUGGGAUCAGUUUCAGAAAAGUUCCAUGAUAAGCUUGAAAGCUAUCUGGAAGACAAAGCUAAGGAAUUCAAAUCACGCGAAAGUGUCAGUGCGAAGAGGUUCAGAGCCUUGAUGCAAUUGAAGUAUAUGCGUUCAUUGAUCAAUCCUGGUGAAGCAGUCGGUAUCAUCGCUUCACAAUCUGUCGGUGAACCUUCAACACAAAUGACAUUGAACACUUUCCACUUCGCUGGUCACGGUGCUGCCAAUGUGACUUUAGGUAUUCCUCGUAUGAGAGAAAUUAUCAUGACUGCUUCCUCUGCAAUCAAAACACCUCAGAUGACCUUGCCUAUCUGGGAUGACGUUUCUGAUGAACAAGCCGACCUAUUUUGUAAAUCUAUUUCCAAGGUUGUCCUGUCAGAAGUCGUCGAUAAGGUCACCGUCAUCGAAACUACUGGUUCGUCGGAUGGCAAUGCUCCAUCUCGUUCUUACGCAAUCAAUAUGAAGUUCUUCAGCAAAGAAGAGUACAAUGAGCAAUACGAUGUGUCAGCUGAGGAACUGCAAAAUGUUAUUUCUAACAAGUUCUUGACUCAACUUGAAACCGCUAUAUUGAAAGAGGUUAAGAAGCAAAAGAAGACAUCGCUACCUGAAGUUGGUGUUGCUGUGCCAACCUCCCACGUAGCUUUGAAUGAGGCGGCCGAAGGAUCUGUUGACAAAGCUACUCAAGAUAACGAUGAAGAAGAGGCCCGUAAGAAGGGUAAGCAAGCCGUAUCUUACGAAGACCCAGAUGACGAGGAGCUUGAGACGAUGAGACAAGCCGAAAAGUCGUCUGACGAAGAGGAACUUGACUCUGACAAGGAGACUAAAGAUUCAGAUGCUGAAUCUGAUUCGGAUGUUGAGAUGGAUGACGCUAUUGAACGCACUGCUGUAGAGAUAACCAAGAACCUAAACAAAUCCCAGCGUGAUCGUCAACAUGCAGUGACCUCAAAGCAAAGAUUUGUGACGAAAUAUAACUUUGAUGACGAAAAUGGUAAAUGGUGUGAGUUCAGAUUGGAGCUGGCCGCAGAUACCGAAAAGUUGCUGAUGGUUAACAUUGUUGAGGAGAUUUGUAAGAAAUCGGUGAUCAGAGAAGUUCCACACAUCGACCGUUGUGUCCACUCCGAGCCAGUGAACAACAAAAGGAUGCUUGUUACGGAAGGUGUCAACUUCCAAGCUAUGUGGGACCAAGAGGCCUUCAUAGAUGUCGACGCCAUAACAUCUAAUGACGUUGCUUCAGUUCUACGGACUUACGGUGUUGAGGCAGCUAGAAACACGAUCGUUAAUGAAAUCAACAACGUUUUCUCCCGUUAUGCUAUCUCCGUCUCUUUCCGUCAUUUGGACUUGAUCGCUGAUAUGAUGACAAGACAAGGUACUUAUUUGGCUUUUAACAGACAAGGUAUGGAAACCUCCACCUCUUCCUUGAUGAAGAUGUCUUACGAGACAACCUGUCAAUUCUUGACAAAGGCCGUCCUUGAUAAUGAACGAGAAGAGCUUGAGAGUCCUUCAGCUAGAAUUGUCUUGGGUAAAUUGAGUAAUGUUGGUACGGGUUCAUUCGAUCUUUUGACGAAGAUUCCAAACAGUGGUGUAUAA